AUGUAUAAGAAAUCUAUUAAUGAUCCUGCAAGUUAUUGGUCGGACAUGGCAAAGGAUUUUGUUUUUAAAUAUAGCGAACAAAGUGUUUUAAAAUUCAACUUUGACAUUUUGAAAGGACCUAUUUCAAUUAAAUUUAUGGAGGGCGCACUGACAAACGUGUGCUACAAUAUACUGGACAGGAAUAUUAAUAAAGGUCUUGGUCAUCACAUUGCCUAUUAUUGGUUUUUUGCUGGAUUCUCGGCUGAAGCCUUAGCUGAUCGCAUAAGAGAUGCAAAUUGUGUCAUGCUCAUUACAUGUGACCGAGCGUACCGGGGUACUAAAUUUAUACCAUUAAAAGGUAUAGCAGAUUUAGCCAUAACUUUAUGUAAUAAAAGUGGACAUAGCAUUAGAGCUUGCAUUGUAAAACGGCACUUGGAAAUAAACUACCAGGGUGAAAUGAAUAACAAUUGUUCACAUUUACUAAUCAAAUGGGAUCCUAUGGUCGAUAUCUGGUGGCACGAGGCCAUGGAAAUGGCUGAUGAUUACUGCGCACCGGUAUGGCUGGACACUGAGCACCCGCUUUUCAUACUAUACACAAGUGGUAGCACUGGACAGCCAAAAGGUGUGGUCCACAGCACCGGUGGUUACAUGAUAUACACGGCCACGACAUUCAAGUAUGUCUUCAAUCACACCGAUGGGGACGUCUUCUUCUGUACGGCAGACUUGGGAUGGAUUACCGGACAUACGGCUAGCGUUUAUGGCGCACUGGCCAAUGGCGCUACAGUCGUACUGCUCGAGGGAACGCCUUUCCACCCAAACCCCGACAGAUUGUGGCAAUUAAUAGACGACCUGCGGGUCAACACCUUUUAUACGGCGCCGACAGUCAUCCGAUCGCUCAUGAAGUUUGGCGACAAAUACGUUCAAAAAUAUAAAUUAAGUUCACUUAAGCUUUUAGGGACAGCCGGUGAGCCCAUUAAUCCGGAGGCCUGGCAUUGGUUUUAUAUUAUAAUUGGAAAAGGCAACUGUCCCAUA